AUGCGUAGCAUUGUGAAGAAGCUCUUGUUCUGUGGAGCAAAGGGGUUUCCCUCCAUCUCUCACUCGGACGACUCUCGUGUAGUGCCUGUGCCACAAGCCGGUCAUGUCCGUGUGUACGUUGGAAGAGAUAUUAACAUGAUGUGCAAGUUUGAGAUAGAAGCCAAUUACUUAAACCACCCACUAUUCCGGAGUCUACUCCAGCUCUCCGCAGAUCAAGAGUUCGGUUAUUCCUACGAUGGAGCUCUAAGAAUAGCGUGCGACGUCGAUCUCUUCCACUACAUUCUUCAUCUCCUCGAUACCAGCAAUCCCUCUGCCCAUUAUAUGGAGCUUUCUGAUCUCAUUUCCAAGUUCUACAGCACUAGUGCUACUGUAACUACACUCGCUAAAACUGCCUGACAUCAUAAGCGUAAGGAUAUUUAGUAUACUGGGGAUUGAUAAUGUAGAUAGUGAUACUCAUAGUAAAUCUUUUAUUUCUUUUAUACUUUCAUCUUCAAAAAUUGAAGAAUAAUUGUAUACAUCAAAGUUUUAGUGAUACAAA